AUGGGCGAACCAGCAGACCUCCCCUACAUCCGCGUCCAGCUGAUGCUCCAGAAAAAAGACGAAGUCACCGAGGAAUUCUUCCACAACUACUGGAAAACGAACCACGUCAAGCUCGCGCUCGAGAACAAGAAAUUCGUCGAUAAGGUCAUCCGGUACAAUCAAUGGCAUGCCUCACCACGUCUCCGAGAAGCCGCUCAGCAGUUCAAGAUCCCGGUGCCGAACUACGAUGGCAUAGCGGAGGUAUGGGUGAAGGAUGUCGAGACGUGGCAGGAGAUAGUGACGGAUCCGGCUUUCGUGGCUGCGAUUGCGCCGGAUGAGAAUAAUUUUAUCAAGGCGCCGAUUCAUAUCAUGCUGGGGUACGAUAACACGGUUUUGGGGGAGCCGAUUAAGGCGAAGUAG